AUGUACCUGGUUCUAACCAUCUUAUGGCUUCUUUUGGGGCCGUUGGUCCAUGGAAGAAAGUGCUAUUCUUGUGCUGGAACCUGCCACAGUGAGCCUUGCAAUUGUCAGGUAAGGCGAUGGACCUGAUAGCCAUAUUCACUCGAGGCAAAUAUCUUAAUAUUUACAGUCGUCUUUGUGUUAUCAUUAUUGACGCCAUUUUCAGAUGGGCUCAUGCGAAGCCGAUUACUGUUUCACGGAGAAGAAGCCGACCGAAGUGCCGGGUCUUUUUCGUAUUACGAAAGGCUGCGUGAAACGCCCCGCUCGGACUAGAAUCGGUUGUGAUUAUGACAAAACUCUCGACUCUAUCCAAUGUAUCUGCGUCGGGGACUUUUGCAAUGACGCCAUCUACAUGAGACCCAUUUUGAGAAGGAACAUAACCUGCAGAAGUUGUCCUGAACGAGACCCAGAUUGUGGGCGAACAUGUCACGGUCAAUGGUGCCAUGAAGACGUAAAUAGUGGAGCUUCCGGCUGUGGUUACGGUCCCCCAUCCUUGCCCUAUUUCUACGCCGGCCCUGAGGUCCUAACUCAUCGAUCCAAAGUUUGUAUCACACUGAGUCGAGGGAACGGAGUUCCGCAGAGACAUUGUAUCUGUAACACUCAUCUCUGCAAUGACAUGUUCCGUGAGACCCCAAUCUUGGGAUCUGCCGCUCAGAAAUCUCGGUCGGUGGCCGUGUAGUAAGUGUAGCUUUGUAAACAUUACUUUGCUUUUAGUUUAAAAAUCAAACAUUGAUUUUAGUUACCCAGAACAGAAGCCAGAGCUACAUCGAUGCACCAGUUGUGACGUGACCGCUCAAAAUAAUGCCAUGACCUCGGCUUGUAAACAAAACCAAUGUAUCGGACAUUACUGUACAUUUACAACUCAAAGAGUGGUUGUGGGAAUGGGAAGGAUGGGAACUCAAUCAAUGAUUCAUGAGAAGCAGGGAUGUCUCAAUGUUACAGAUCAUAACCAGGUAAUCUCUCUUUACGAUACCUGCAGUUUUUGCUGCCUUUUUUUACUUUUUACUAAUCCUCAAAUGCUUUUGGAAAAGCCAUUUAAUCUUUUGAACUAUUUAUGAUAUCGUAAAGUAUCGUAAACAGUAAUUUUGAGCUGUUAAGCCGUGGCAUUUCUAGGAAGAUUGAACGUAUGUGUACUUACAUAACGGCUAGCCAACCUGUUGGACUGGCCUAAGAGCCUAAGAAUCUCAUAAAGUUUACCAGUAGGAAAAUACGAUUCUUUUGCACUAUAAUUCCUUGAACAGGAAUAAUCGUUUUGACUUGAUUAACAUAAUAGUUCCCUCACCGCGUAGAAAUUAAAUUUCCUCAUGAAUAAUUUCAGAUCCAAAUGGGCUGCUCUCACAAAUGGAUGAACAAUGAAGAAGAAGAGCUCUUCUGUGCGUGCACUGGAGACAACUGUAAUCUCGAUUUGCACACCGCCUCUCUCAGCCUGAGCCAUGGCAUUUGGCCGUUCUUCCCGAUCGUAUCAAGUCUCAUUAUCCUCGCCAUCUUUCGCUAA